AAGACCAUUUUCCUGUUUUCGCUCUGUUUUUUCAUCGUGUUCGUCGCGAAAUUUGAAUAAGAAAAAUUCUUGAGAAACCAGUAAGUCGGUCUGUUUUUCCGAGUGCGGAAAAUAUCGAGAGAAAAACAUCUCCGGUCCAGUUGAAUGGUGGAUUAAGUGAAAAUUAUUGUAACCAGACUCAGAGGAAAUUUGAUGAAAAUCAGUCGACUCGAGUCGAUUGUCACGGUGAACGUGUCCGAGCACGCAGAGAAGUGGGGUUGGAAAAGUUUCGUCGAGAUUUUUCCUUUCUCAUAAGUAAAUUGUCGUCCGGUCGUGUCGGAUUUUCCCGUUUUAUUAUUCCGGAAAAUAGAACAAUUAUAGGUGCGAAAACAUCUGCGUUAGUUACGAAUUAGAAAGCAGUUUUCCUUUUGCUCUCCAGGAAUAUUAAUUUAACCCCCGAACUCCCCGCAUUCAGUGUUUGUCUGGUGGAUUUUCCCAACUUCCUUUCGUUAUAAAUACUAUGGAUUGACAUUGCUUGAGUUCUUGAAACAUAAUUAAUAUCGGUUUAUCCGCGGAACAAAUUUAUGAUCCCAUAUCCGCACUGUUCCCUGCUCCUACGAAAACAUGAGGACUUAGACCGUUUUAUUGGCAGUUUUCCGCCGAAUGACUCUGUAAAUAUUUGAGUCCCGACAUUGUGUUGCGACGUCCCCGCUGAAACCAAUCACAACCCCAAUCGGAACAAGUGUAAAUGUUUCCUGAAUUGAUAUUUUUAAUGCUCGGUCACUGAGGCUCCGGCGCGGUCCUAGGACAUUUAAUUGCUUAUCCGAUAUGCUGACUAAGGCACUGGAGCCUCGAACCAGUCGCAAGCUGGUGUGAAUUACCAAGGACCAUUCCUAGCCUUACCACUGAGCCGAGGAGCCAGUUCUGCAUUGCAAUGGAUCGCCCCGUCACCAUCGUGUUAGGAAGCAUGACAUCCGCAGUGUGGAACCUUUUGUAAAUAUGUAAAUUGCCUGACUAGUUUCAAGAUCAUCUGAUUAAUCGGCUCCGAAGGGAAAACUCCCUUUGUGGAGUGAAAAUUCCACUAGGGUUUCCCACGACGACGGCAAAAACGCGCAUAUCCUUUGUUUCUGUCAUGCCGCAGUGAGGCAUUGGUCUACCUGUGCGGCGUAUAUAUAGGGCAAACGUUAUCCUUUUACGUAUCGUGUUUACAAUGUGAGAUGUAUAUGUAUGUGUGGUCUUUCCUGUGUUUUCAUUUUUCUACCCCUUUGUAUCGAAACAGAAUCGCGAAAUCUAAAACAAACUAUGUGUAAUGGAAGUUAAUCCGCACCAAGUAUUUUUGUCAUUAAGUCUCCCUUUCCGUUUGCGUUUGACGUAUCCUGGAACUGCCUGGAAAGCCGAUGUCAUCAACACUGUCAUCGCCAAGACUCAGAAGAGAUAACGAAAAACUCAAUGUGCGAAAAAUGCCAAGGAAUUAUGUGAAAAACUGAAUUCACCCUCGACGUUAUUGUGUCCUUAGCUAGAAAACAAAGCGAAUCGUCUAGUCCUUAUUAGAGUAAAACGCAUGCCACGCAACCGUUCAUGAUUGUCCGAGUGCAACCGUAGUUCCUGUUCCGUUUGAGUAGUCAGAAGAGUCCCUCCUUUGUCCAAGCAAGAUUUCAGUUUGGUCCAUAGCUUUAUUAAUCUUAAAGUAUUGUAAAUAUAUUCGUACGAAAGUGUAGUGUAAGUGUCCGCAACUCAAUGAAAAUCAUGGUGAAUCCUUUGAUCCUUAAUCAGUAAUAAUCCAAGUAUAAUUCGUUUCUUUGCCGAAAUCAGAAGGGAAGUGCUCCGUUUCCCUUGAUAGCUCCAGUGUCACGCAGGAUUUUCCAACCCUCUCGGUCAUCGGUUCAUUCACAUGCACUAAGGAUAUAUAUGACAACCCCCCGCGAUACCGGGGUUAGACAACGUGACGACCUCACUGUCAGAUUUCUCCUUAACAAAUUACGUAGAAUACAUCGGAAACCGGAAUUGUAAAAUUAAUACAAAAUAUCCGGUUUAGAAGAAGACUGGCGGCCUGACCGGCCCAUGGUUCAAAGAGCCUCAUCGUCUGAUGCCCCAUCCGUUUCGGGCGGGGGUGGCCAACAUCACUUGCAUCAGUAUCAGCAGCAACAGCAUCAUCGUGAAUCACGAAUGGGGCUCGGUAUUGGCUAUGCAUCGUACCAAGGCGGAUAUAAUAAGCUCUUCACACAGGGUUCUGCCGAUUCAAAUUACUCGCAACCGUCAUCCGAUCUGUCGCUAGACGAGGACAAAGAAUCGCUUCGGCGAGAAAGGGAGCGUCAGGCCAUUAGCCAGUUGGAUAAAGCAAGGACGAAACCUGUUGCGUUCGCUGUGCGAACAAAUGUAUCAUAUGAUGGAUCAAUUGAUGAUGACUCACCCGUACAUGGUAGUGCUGUAUCUUUUGAGGUUAGGGAUUUUCUUCAUAUUAAGGAGAAAUAUGACAAUAACUGGUGGAUUGGAAGAAAAGUCAAAGAAGGCUGUGAUGUGGGCUUUAUACCCAGCCCCGUUAAGCUAGAACAUAUACGAAUGCAGGCAUCCGCUGCGCGAUCCUCACGACUGUACGCAACAAAAGGAUCAUCCAGCGGUAAUUUAGGUGGCCCCGGAGUACCAGGUGCGGAGCCUUCACGUGGUAGCACACCCCCUACACCUGGCGACGAAUCAGAUUCUAUGGGACCAUCUCGUCACGGGAAGACACCAUUAGCCACGCCACCAACCAAGGAGAAACGAAAGCCAUUUUUCAAAAAACAGGAGACAUCAUCACCCUACGACGUGGUGCCAUCGAUGCGUCCUGUUGUCUUAGUGGGUCCAAGCUUAAAAGGAUACGAAGUCACCGAUAUGAUGCAAAAAGCUUUAUUCGAUUUUCUGAAACAUCGAUUCGCUGGCAAAAUUAUAAUUACACGCGUCAUGGCGGAUAUAUCAUUAGCGAAACGUUCACUUAUGAAUAAUCCAUCGAAACGUGCCAUUAUGGAGCGAUCCAACAGUCGGUCGUCGUGUUUAGCUGAAGUACAAGCGGAAAUUGAAAGGAUAUUCGAAUUAGCGAGAACAUUACAAUUAGUCGUACUCGAUUGUGAUACAAUCAAUCAUCCGUCGCAAUUAGCGAAGACUUCACUAGCGCCAACUAUAGUCUAUUUAAAAAUUAGUAGUAGUAAGGUUUUACAGCGUUUAAUCAAAUCACGUGGCAAAGCACAGGCGAAAAAUUUAUCCGUACAAAUGGUUGCCGCCGAAAAGUUAGCCCAAUGUCCGCCAGAAAUGUUCGAUGUGAUACUAGAUGAAAAUCAAUUAGACGAUGCUUGCGAACAUAUUGCCGAAUAUUUAGAAGCAUAUUGGAGAGCAACACAUCCCCCUAUACGACCAGCCUCAACAGUACCUAGGCCGCUCCCAUCUCAGGAAGCGUCACCGUCGACGGAGCAGCCUAGGAUGGGUCCAACACCACCAGUAGCUGAUAGGGAAUCACAAGCUUAUAAUAAAAAUGAACGAGAUCGCGAACGAGGUGCAUCCUAUCAUCACAACAGGCGCUCUACAACGCGCCACGAUCGUGAUCGUGAUCGGGACCGAGAAAGGAUGGAGCGGAUGGAACGUGAACGGGAGCGUGAACGUGAUCGGGAGCGGGAGCGACUUCACGCUCGUGAACGUGAUAUGAUGCACUACGACUUGAAUAGUGAUGAUCUCCUGGAUGAACGAAACUAUGGUGUGGAUUAUACGAGUCGGGGUGGACACAUGUCAUCAGGACAUCGAGGGCGCGGGGGUGGCGGCGGCGGUGAUGAUAUUGACCUAAUGCACGAUCGGGACGGAGGACGUUAUCCACCCCCAUCGAGUCAGUCCUUACAGCAAUCCUCAAGUAGGCGUGAUCGUGAUGAAUACAGCCCACACCGAGGUGGCGGAAGCAGUAGGAGAGUACUUAAUGCCAUGUAGGAAUCGUGGAUAUAGGGGUGGGAUCAGGUCGAUUGUAAUUUCAUCGAGGAUGAUGACUAUAGUGAAGAUUAUGACGAUCAUGAUAUUAAUGUUUCCAACAAUAUUGACGGGAAGGAUGGUGACGUUGAUUCGGAUAGCGAUAAAUUUUAUUAAGGAGAAUGUAUCGGUAGCGGUCGGUUUUGAUACACUCAUUUGAACUCUGAACUUUGUUUCAACCUUCAGAUAUAAAGUAGGUCUUAUUUUCAACAACUAAGCAAUAAAUAGGGCUAAUAAUAUGUUAAACAGCUUCAACUUAUUCACACAAAUUUUUGCAGGUACGAGUAUCGCUUACUUUCUAAUAAAA